UUCAGACGCCGACUGGAGGAAUGCGUGGCAAAACACGGCGUUUAUUUAGAUUUUUCAGACAGGAGAUCUCUCUCCUAACAAGUGCAUUGAGAUUUCUAGCAUGAAAGCUCCGUCCUGGAGCCAGUAGAGGCGUUAGAAAUGUCUCAGCAGCCGCGGUUUGUGCAGCUCUCCGCCGCUUCGAUCGCCGUAGUCUUCGGCCCGGACGAGGAGAGUUUGCGCGCCGGAGGAGUGAAACUUAAUGGCAACACUACCAGCGGCCAGGAGAUUUUUGCGGACUUUAAGGCGCAGAAUUUGCGUAGUUCAUGGAAUAAGAGACUCGUCAAAGCUGUAGCUGAAGUGUACUUUCAGGGAUGGAUGGAAAACUUGGUGCUUUUCAUUCAGGGGAACGCCAACAACUUGGAGGUGCUGAGAGAAGCGUGGAUGCGCAGAGCUCUGAGGUCACCAAAGGGAUUUAUCAUCAAAGCUGUCGGUGAUCUGUCCCCGGUGCAGAUGUCCCCUGUCCCCCAGUCCCAGUUCAUUCCCUUGGCCGAGGUGUUGUGCUCAGUCAUCUCCGAUAUGAACUCCUCUCAAAUCAUCGUCAACCAGGAAGCACUUAUCAAUUACAUGAGCAAAGCCCACCCAGGGAUAACCAUCCCUACUCAGGACAUCCUCUACAAUGCUCUAGGAACUCUGAUCAAAGAGCGCAAAAUUUACCAUACAGGCGAGGGCUACUUCAUCGUCACGCCUCAGACCUAUUUCAUCACCAACACCAUGGUCCGAGAGAAGAACUGGUGGACUUCUGGUUCAGCGGAUGACCAUCCCUCUCCACCUCCCAUUACGUACCUGUUGAGCAAUGACGCCUGUAUUGAGAACACUCAAACGCUGCCAGUGGCUCACUGCAAGUCUUGCAGUUGCUUCAGCCCUCUCCAAACUCCCGCUAAUAUUGCCUCCACCGCUGUAACAGCUACUAUCCCUCCCUCUACUGUCCCAGACCAACAUUCAGUUUCUUUUUCAAUCAGUGAAUGUACAGGCAAGAGCUUAAAGUGGCCCAGACCAUUAGAUCACAAACCUACAGUGCAGCAUCAGUCCACCUCCACAGCGGCAGAUUGUCAGGCGAGUGUAAUCAGCAAAACGACGGCCACAAGUAACGCCACUAGCCGCAAAGAAAAAGACACCAAGCCAGGGAGGAAGUUUGGUCUCAGUUUGUUUCGGAGGAAUGGCGGUAAAAAAGAGAAACCAAAGAAGGAGUAUGCAUCGUUUUCAGCCCAGUUCCCUCCAGAGGAGUGGCCAGUAAGAGACGAGGAGGACCUGAAUAACUUGCCCCGUGAUCUGGAGCAUGCAAUCAUCAAACGCAUCAACCCUGAACUGACUGUGGACAACUUGACGCGCCACACGGUCCUAAUGAAGAAGCUGGAGGAGAGGAGGGAGAGAGGGAUAGAGAGGGUGUUGGACAGGGUUAUUGAUAAAGAUGAUAAGGGAGUAGACAAGGGAAUGUCUACUGAGAUCCUUGCCUUCUCAAAACCCAGGCAUCAUCACUCCUCUAAGGCUGGGAAAAGGUCUGCUCAGAAGGCCUCUCGCAGCAAGAGGAGGGCACAUUCCUCCAGAGACAAGCAGAAGGAAAGAGAGAAGGAGCGGGCGAAGAGUAAGGCUCCCAUGUGUACGGAGGAUUAUCUAGAGGGGGAGGAUUUGAUCCCUGCACGGCUCAGAAGGGAAAUCCCUGUUGAUGAACCAGAUCAAGUGGAAGAAGGUGGAGCUGUUGAGGGGAAAUCUCUUUAUAAGAAGCGCAUCGAAAACCCUUUCCAGGCUCAUCCAAUCAAGGAACCUGAGCCUAUUAUUCAUGUCACCACAAACAAAGAGCCAAGAAGACGAGAGGUAAAAGAAAGCAAGGUUUCUGUACCAGGGAAGAAGGAUCGCUCAAAUCAUCGCUCAAAAUCGUGGGACCCACAUCGAGCCAAAACGAUCACAUUAGAUGUAGAGCAUGCAGUAACAUCCCCGACGUCUAAGGACAGGUACAACGUUAAUGCUGGUCAUGUGCUCCAAGCAGACACGAAACUCAACAUUGAGCUGCCACUGCAGUACAGUUCAGUUUACCCACAGAGCAGUACGCUCCGGAUAGAAGACAAGGUCCGACAUCAGAGGGACGAAAACAGCAAGGAGAGCUGGGAGAGAGAAGGAACCAAUUUACACGAGCCAGAAUACAACUGUGCACCAGACCACAGCCAAACUAAAGAUGAUAUCCUCUCUAACAUCCAACAAUACUCCAAUACCAAUGCCAUUCCCCCUACUCAUCCCUAUGAGCCUGUUGUAAAUCCCUCACAUGACCCAACCCUGCUCUGGCCAAAGCCCUCUUUACAGCGGAAACACUCCCUCAGACUGUCCAACCCACAAAGGGAAGAUGUUCAGAGGCCAGAGCUCUCUUCACAUCAGCCGGCCUGUGAAUCUACAGCCACACUGGAACAACAGGAGAUAAGAACCCUCACUAUCAGUGAUAGAGAGCAAAGGACCAUGGGAGAAAGGCCAGAACUGAUUGCUGACAGCGCAAUAACAGACACUGAUGGCUUUGCAGAAGACGACUUCAGGCUCUACCAGAGAGCAGAGGAGGAUGAUGAUGAUGAUGAUGAUGAUGAGGAUGCCUGCAGCUCCUUGUGUCUGAAUGAAGAGGAGAUUAUUGAGUCUGCAAAUGUGUUCCCGACAGGUCUAGCUGACUACCAAGGCCAUAAGGUGGUUGACCAGAACAAUGAGUAUGAUUUUCAAUACCAAAGACCCCAUCGUCACUUUUAUAAUUCCAACUUUCACCAAACACAAGUUGACUCCAAACAAGAUUCAAGGGAAAGCACAUUUAAAGAUUUAAUUCCCCAAGCAACUCAGAGGAAUUCUUCCCUCAGCCCCACCAGAUCUGAAGAGACCAUCUGGAGGGUCCAUCAUCGCCAUCAGAGGACUCGAUCACCGGGGUCCCAAAGGGAAUCUAGCCCCAGACUAGGUGCAUCGGUCCAGGGGGAGAGACGACAGGAGGUCAACCUUGAUUUGGAUUGUCCCGAACAGUCUGAAGUUGCAGACAGUAGCAUCUUUGACUACUGCCAGACCAGUGAGAUAGAAUCCGACAGCGAGACGGUCCGUAAGUCGGGUGAUGAGGGCGAUGGAGAAUCUGCUGACUGGGCGGCUGAGGUGCAGGAGGACGAUAUUGAUGAGACGGAUGUUCCUCAGACCCGCAGAGCUGUUCAGAGUCCGCCCAGUGGAGCCAGAGGGGUGGAGAUCGGGGAAGCGUUGGAAAUUGGGGAGAACCAGAGCAUCACGGGAGACAGUGGGAUAGAUUCUCCUCGGACCCGUGUCAGUUUGGCCUCCAGCAACACUGUCAUUCUGGAGGGUCUGAAGAGAAGAGGCUUUUUACAAAACUUGGAGAAACUCCAUUCCAAGAGCAGCGCCAUUCGCCCGCAGAGCUCACUGCUGCAGCUGACUCCUGUCAUGAACGUAUAGCAGACCUGAGUCCUCUGUCGUAGUUUUGUGUGGGAGCUGAUGGAUUUCUUGGCGUAGCUCAGUAUGAAAAGGCCUAAACCAAGCUUGACUCUCCAGUUCUAUGCAGCUGCUUGGUCAGAAAACAUUUCCAAAAAGGAAGGUUUGCACUUUGUUGCCUACCUUCACAUAUAAAUACCUUCUAAAACAGGGCUCUGUGUACAAAUGUAAGUAUAUAUAUUUCUUUUUGUAAAUAAUUUUAAAGGUAAUAUGCUAUGAUUUAUUCAUUUACAAACUACCUUGUGUAUGUCCGGUUAAUUUCAUGGUUUAUGAUAGCCUUUUCUUGUGAUACAAAUGUACAGUUUCCAUUGGUUAAAAUGUCUAUAAAAGAAAUAGCAUUUUCUAGCAUUUACUUAUUUCUUUGAUCAUGUAGCAAGUUACUACAAAUAAAAAUGUAUGUCAA